CGAAAAGCGCUCAAGUAAGUUACACAUGAUGUCCAAAACCCAGCUUGGCGUGGGUGAUGUGCUGACGUCCGCAGUGGGUUCAAGAUUCAGCUGAAAGCCAUGUUCAUCGACACGACCUUGAAUAGCGUGUCGACGGUACUAACCAAUCUGCACCAAAGCUUCCAUGAAGCGGCGGUGAGGUGCCUUGAAUACGUGCGCAUGUUGGCCAAGGUGCGGACAACGUGUUCAAGCUUGCUUAUCAGUGCGUUCACCUCGAGGCUGAAAUUCCCUAAUGCGGCCGUGCGAUUUCCUGAAAUGCUUGCUUUUCCAGCCAGUCACAACGACGCCGCAAGCGUGGUUGCACAGAUUAAGCGGAACACGAGUCAUCUGCAGCGUCGAUCGGCACGGCUACUCCUACCGAUCAAGUGGGCUGACGAAUGAACAGGAACAGUCGACAGCAUCAUCGCGCUGGCGUUCGUGAUGGUGCAGAGGCGUGCGCGUACUCGCAGCGACAGACGACUUGUGCAUGUUCAAAGUGUCAUCUCCCGGCGGCAGAUCCAGUGGCUCGCGAGCAAAGCAUUCCACACGGUGUUUAAGCGCGCGCAGACGAAGCAUGGAGCUCUGCUGACAUGGCUCGAACGGUCACUCAGGGCGGCUCG